CGGCGCGCCGCUGCCGCCGGCCGAGCGCAUGGAGCGCUACGUGCUGUACAUGGUCAGCGGCGAGGGCCACGCGUCCUGCGACCACCGGCAGCGCGGCUUCAAGCGCUGGGAGUGCAACCGGCCCGCGGCGCCCGGCGGCCCGCUCCGGUUCUCGGAGAAGUUCCAGCUCUUCACACCCUUCUCGCUGGGCUUCGAGUUCCGGCCGGGCCACGAGUACUACUACAUCU